AAGGGGUACUCAACCUAAGGCAAACCAACUCAAAAGGACGAAUUUAGAGGCGGAUUUUGUAUUUUGUGUCUCUAAAUUUUUGUCGCUAUUUCAACUUUUUAUAGUAUUUAUGCUUAUGAAACCUACUAUAUUUAUUUAUAAUCAAGUUCAUCCUUCUCUGUACCAUAUCCUUGCCAUUAAGCUAAGGAAUCUCUGUAGAUACAUGCAUGCACCAGUCACCAGGCAACAAAACUCAAAUUCAACCAUUGUUUCAUAGUGGAUAUGGAGAUUAUUUACCAGCCUCACAUCAACAGAGAGAUUGAAUCACACAUAGAAAGAAUCCAUCCACCUAGGGUUUGCAUAGACAAUGAUUCCUGCAGAUACUGCACUGUGGUGAAGAUUGAUAGAGCAAACAAGCAUGGGAUACUAUUGGAGAUGAUCCAGGCGUUGAUAGAUCUUGACCUUAUAAUUUCCAAAUCAUACAUUUCUUCGGAUGGCGGAUGGUUAAUGGAUGUGUUCCAUGUGAAGGAUCAGAUUGGGAACAAGCUCACUGACAAAAACCUCGUGCAUCACAUUCAGCAGACACUUUGUGACUGCAAAACAAGAAGCAACACAGAAAUUUUAAGUGAAACAGUGCAACACUGUUGCGAGGGACCACAACAUGCAAAUGUUGCUAUAGAGGUGAUAGGAACUGAUCGACCAGGCUUGUUCUCAGAGAUAUCAGCGGUACUAAUGAACUUGAGCUUCAACAUCACCUCAGCAACGGUUUGGGUCCACAAUUGCAAAGUAGCCUGCAUUAUCUAUGUGGAGGAUGCAUCAAAACCUGGGCCCAUCAACGACACAGAGCGAUUGGCCCAAGUUGAGGAUGAUAUCCAGAGAGUGAUAGAGGCCCAUGACGGGGGACGAGAGAAAGAGUGGAGGAGUGUGAGGUUGACGAGCUCCACCGUCGGGCACUGCCAUACUGAACGACGGCUUCACCAGAUGAUGUAUGAUGGUGGUGAUUAUGAGAGUUGUCAUGCCUGCCAUGGGGAUAAUGGCGGAGAGCACAAAAGGCGGUGUGACGGGACCCAUGUUUCGGUGGAUCGAUACGAGGGGCGAGGUUACUGGGUGGUGAAUGUAAAAAGCAGGGAUCGUCCUAAGUUGCUGUUUGAUAUUGUUUGCGUGCUCACAGACAUGCAAUAUGAGGUGUUUCAUGCAGCUGUUACCUCAAACAGCCCCAUGGCAGAACAGGAGUACUUUAUCAGGAACAAGGGUAGUUCUAAUCUUGACAAUGAAACCGAAAAGCAAAGGCUCACCCUAUGUUUAAUCGCUGCCAUAGAGCGCAGAGCUUCACAUGGAUUAAAGAUAGAUAUUCGCACUCAAGACAAAACGGGCCUAUUAUCAAAUGCAACACGCGUAAUUCGUGAGAAUGGACUAUCAAUAACAAGAGUUGAGUUUGGAGUACAGGGUGAGACAGCAAUAGGAUCAUUGUACGUUUCAGAUUGUUCAGGUCAAGACGCGAACGAAAAUAUAGCAGAGUUGAUGAAAAGAGAAAUUGGUGAGUCAAUUGUUUUGGUUCGCAAUUCUCCCUAUAGUGUCUCUGAAUCCUCAUCAUCCAGUAACAAUAGUAGAGAUGUUAUACCAAGAUUUUCUAUUGGGAGCAUGAUUUGGUCUCACCUUGAGCGUCUCUCCAACAAUUUCAUCCCAAUUAGAAAUUGAGAAGCUCAAAUUACAAGCAUUGUAGUUAAACUUCAAGAAAUAUCUGAAUUGUAAAGAUGUAAUCAUAUUUUUAGACUCUUUUCUUUUUUUGUGUCAUUUCAUGAUAAUCAUAAUACAAUAACAACUCAAUUUUAGUCUA